AUCAAGUUGAAAACAACAUCUCCGAUCCUAAUGUCAACAUGAAGCUCCGCCGUGGCGAUCGUGAAGCCAUUGAAACUGCUCUUGCUGAAGCAAUGGAACUUUUGGAAAUCUCUCCCGAAGAUACUAAGGCUGAUGAUGUGAAGGCUGCUCAAUCUAAAUUGAAGCGUGCCUCUACUCGUGCUUUCGCCCACGUCUACUCCCAACGUCGUUAAGCUAUUUGUUUCUCAUUUUUCUUUUUGAACAUGUAUGGAUUGUCUCUUUACAACAUGGCGUUCAACCAUAAAUAAUGUACAUUGUAUAUCUCUUCUCAAAUAUCGUAUUCAAAGGAGUUGUUCUCUUUUUUUUUUUAUUUCGUACUUGUUUAUAUGUAUAAAAUAUCUGUUUUGCUGGCAUUUGAUAACUUGUAAAACUUAUAGUUGUAUAUUUUUUUUCCUCUCCUACGGUUUGGUAUUUCUACGGUAUAUAGUAUUAAGUUCGAAGAAGCAAUUUCUAACAGUGAUUGAGAAGGUCGAAAGAGAAGUUAAUUCAUAGUAUUGAAUUGAAGGGAAAAAGAAAGGGAACACAUAGUAAAGGGAGGACAUUCAGAAUUGUUCAUUGGGAGCAUCUGUUUAUCAGAGAAGAAUAUCAGGUUCAUCCUCAACUGUACCUUUUCCAGGAUCUGUGUAUCAAUUUCACAGGGAUGAUAGGGAACAAGGUUUAACUUAUAAGAGCUAAAUAUAUCUGAUAAGACAUAUAAGUUUCAUUUACGUAGCCUUAAAUCAUACUUUGAAG